AUGGUGCCAGUGGAAAAGGACGUGCCCGAGGAAAAAACUUUACCAAAGAAGAACACAAACUUGAACAAGUUCCAGCACGACCUCCUGGUGCGAGAUGAUGAUGAGCACCCAUUUGAUCACGACUUGAGUUUGACCAUCGCCGCGCUGGGCACCCUGGGCGACGUGGAGACCUGGAGUGACACCGAGGUGGUCUUUAUCACCCGAAAGUUGACGCUGAACGUGGCCAAAGUGGACUUGAUCGUGAAUCUCAUCAGCGCCAAGCACAAGUGCGGUAGCGGUCCCGACCCACACCCGGGCACCACCACCACCACGACCAUGGGGCAGAACAUCACCCUGCUGGUGGCUCCUGUGGUGAAGAAGGUCACCUCUGAGGACUGCGAACAUCGCGCCUUCCGGGCCUACGUCACGCCCAACGUCACGGCGGUGUCGUCGUUGGUGGGAAACCUGGGAGAUGCUCGGUGGAACGAUGGUGAAAUGGGGCUCAAACGAUGGGUUAAUGGUGGUUUAAUGAUGGUUUAA